UAAACAGCGAACUUCAAUAAGAUUUAUGACUUAUGUACAUCACACCCUAUGACUAUGCGUUAUUUCGUAGACCCGAGUUGCAAUGUUGCUACGUUUUGGAAAACAUGUGGUUAUCUCCAGCUGAUUACGUUUUGAGGACCCUGCCCUUAGCCUUACAGAAUAUAUAAUGACUAUUUUGGGACUGAGGGAAGACAGGUCUUGGCCCAUCAGGAAAGAAAUAUACACACGCACUUUCGCUAUAAAAUGGACACCGAAACAAACAGCGAACUAUUGCAAGAUAUCGAGGAGCUUAUAGAAGAACAUUUAAUUUCGCAUAACGAAGAAGUGGUUGAGCAGGGCAACAUCCCGCACCCCCCUAUGAGUCCUUUGACGUCAUCAUGGGUUCUUGAAGCUCGAAGCGGCGCGGGACGUCACACACCAGCGUCAUACCUGAAUAGCGCGAUUUUAUUUUUCCCUCGAUAUAUUCACGCAGAGUUUAAAUUACAGCUGGACCCUCCGGAGAUCAGAUACAUGCUGAAUUCCCAACACAGCAGUCUGAACAUUCCGAUUUUUUUUGAGGACCCUGAACAGCUGGAAGAGUAUUUUAAGAUACCUUUGGAGGACCUGCCUUUGGCCUUUGAAGUGUCAAAAAAAAGCCCUGAAGAAACCAAAAGGAACUACGCAGCAACGACAUCUGAGGGCUUCCAUGUAAAGGAAAACAACCACAAACCGUCAAUAUCUGAAAAAAGACCACUCAAAAAACGACCCGCAAGAACUCCUGUUAUAGUGGUCAGUGAUUCGUUUUCUGAGGACGACACAGCCGCUAUCGGGGAUUCAAAGUCUAAAAGGCCACAUAGAAUUUCCAGAAGUUUACGCAAUUCCACGAGUCCAAGAGUCAACCCUCCAGUCUCUGAAGCACCUCCUAUUCUGAAAACAAUGCCUGUCUCACCUUUGAAAAUUAGGUAUCACAGUGUGGAUCUCUUGAAACAUGUACAUGUGACUAUAGAUCAGAUCAUUAACUGCCAUCCUGCUAUAAGGGCCCUGGUUACUGACACUGAGGUGCAUUGAAAUAUACAAACCUUAAUUACUCUGCUGCGAACUCUGGUUUUUUUUAAGUCGGUAACAUUGUAAUUGUAAAGCAAUAAUGGCGCCCUUUCGGAAAAAAAAACUUGUAAGAGGAAGCAUUUGGAAAUUAAUACCGAUGAUGAUUCUGUGAAUGAUGAUACUGUGGCAGUUGUUCAAAAAAAUAAAAAAAAGGUUGAUCUGAGUCAAACUGUGUCAAAUUCUGUAAUCGCCCCCAAAUGUUCAAUAAAUACAAAAUCCCUUACACCUUGUAAGUCUCCAGCCACUGAUGUAAAUCCAUGCACUAAUCACCCCCUAAAUUUAGGAGAUUUUUAGAAUUUAGACGAUCUAGACAAACUAUUAAAUUAUUUAAAUUAUAAUUCGUAUAAUUUACCACAAAUCAAAGCUCUGAUUGAUGAACUUUCUAUAGACGGGCCCCCUAUAAAUCCCUAUAGCCAAAAUAUAAACGACAUUAACUCAUGGGCUAAUAAUGAUGCUCAAUUGACUCAUAUCAAUUUUGACUCUAUGGAUAAACUAUUGCAAGAAAUGACUAGAGAAAAUCAUGUUACUACAGAGAAUGUAUAUGAUAUGGAAAGCCAUAUAGGCGGUGGCUUAAACAGAAGGGCUUGUCAGGGUGACUCUUCUAGCACAAAAGUCCCAGGGGCUGAUUUAAUACGUAAUGAUGAUCAAGUGGCAGUUCCUUCUGGUUUACAGAACCCCUUGGGGGUUACGAAGGGGAUAGAAUUAAUGGGGAAGCUGUGCAGAUUAGACAGAGACCAGUGUUUAACAAUAUCGAAUUAAAGCACUCUCUUAACUUUACACACUUGUAUGAUUUGGAUUCCUA